GCUAUACUACCUAGCCAGGCUAAAGAUCGAGUGCCGAAUAAUAGAUGAACUGUCAUGGCGAUACCCUGAGAGCAUGCUGUCUGAUUGCGGGGGAAGCAGCUGGGCGUACAAGGGUUAACGAGUUCUCUCAUUUUUUGCAGACAAAGGUGUUCCAUUCCUGAAGUGCCAAUAUGUCAGAAGUUGACAUUGUGUCAGAGGCCUUAACAGAAGUGACAAUAAGCGAAGCAGAUCCUGUACCUGGUCAUGUUGAGAGUCCAGAUGAAGAACCAGUUACUAUUGGUGCCACUGUGCCCACUGGGUUUGAAUUUACAGCAGCUGAGGAAGUAGAGGAGAAGCUUGGCUGCCAGUGCAAGAUUAGCAAAGAUCGAGGCAAAAUAUACUUCCAGAUCAAGAAAGAAAAGCUUUCAGAGGUUCAUCAUUUGAAGUCGGUGGACAAUCUCUUUGUUAUCGUUCAGGAGUUCACCGAUUUCCCUUUUAAGGACAUAAAGGAAGAAGCAUUGAAGGAUUUCCAGGAUUUAGCUGCAAAGCUGCGUUGGGAGAAAGCCCUGAGCACAUGGGAACUGAACAAUAACUUAAAGAAGAAAAAGAAGCGCAAGAAACCAGCAGGCAACUGUGGUAAAGAGAAAAAAACAUCAGUUAUUGUGGCAUCAGAGCUGGAGACUUCUGAAGAAAAGAUCACAGAAAUACAGAAUGCUGAUCAGGAGACACCAAGAAAUGAAAAGAUCCCUGAGAACUCACAGGCAGCUUUAUUCAGAUUGGAUACUCCAGGAGAUGAGGACGAUGCCAAAAAUAAAGGUGCAAUGGUUCAGCUCACAAAUCCUUCAUCAGAAGAGAGUGGACAGCCAGACGGUGCGGAAACGGUGCAUACGUGCCCUAAUUCCCAGGCUCUUGCACCAGAGAAGGCGCAGGCUAUUGAUGUGGGAUCUCAGUCGAGUUCAGAGAUUGACCCAGAAGCCAAAGAAGUUGUGACGCCAGACACCAGCAGCACUUUGAAAUUCCGUGUCACUUGCAACCGAGCUGGAGACAAACACAGCUUCACCUCUAAUGACGCAGCCAGGGAUUUUGGUGGAGCUGUGCAGGAUCAUUUCCAGUGGAAAGCAGACAUGACAAACUUUGAUAUCGAGGUAUUACUGAAUAUCAGUUACAAUGAGAUGCUGGUAGGAAUUGCCCUGACUGAAGAGAGUCUUCAUCGCAGGAACAUCACACACUUUGGACCCACAACUUUGCGCUCAACAUUGGCAUAUGGCAUGCUCAGGCUUUGCAAUUUGCAGCCCUCUGAUAUUGUUAUUGAUCCUAUGUGUGGCACCGGAGCCAUCCCAAUAGAGGGAGUAAAUGAAUGGCCCAGAUCUUUCUUCCUUGCUGGAGACAACAACUUGCAGGCUGUAAACAGAGCUGCCGGCAACAUUGGGUCUUUACUUCGGAGACAGCAGAGCCCAAAUAGCAGUCCCCAGGGACUUCCAAUAGACACUGUUCACUGGGAUAUUUCAAGACUGCCCCUGAGGAACGGAUCGGUGGAUGUCAUCAUUACAGACAUGCCAUUUGGGAAGAGAAUUGGUUCACGGAAAAAGAAUUGGGACCUGUACCCCGCCUGCCUAAGAGAGAUGAGCCGUGUUUGUCGGCCAGGAACGGGAAGAGCUGUGCUGCUUACACAUGACAGGAAAUGCUUCAUCAAGGCACUGGCAAAAGCGGGACAUUUGUGGAGGAAAAUGCACACUGUCUGGGUGAACAUCGGUGGUCUUCAUGCUGGUGUUUACCUUCUCAGACGGACCUUUCUUGAUGAGGGUUCCAGGGGUUUGCAGGAGGAAACUGUGCCUGUGAAUCCUGACCUGCCCCCAGAUGAGAAAUAAGGGGGGUGUCAGAUGUUCCGGCCUAAUACAACAACAAUCAGACGGCUCCAGCACGCUGCAGUUCUACACAAUACCAUCUGGGGGUGGUGUUGAUUUAUCUACCCUGGUUAAUUCUCUAGUUUUCUUCUUUUUGUUUACUUGAAGCAGUUUAUUAAACAGAUUGAUGCUGCAGUUGUCAUAUUUCUUGAGUGGGUCAGUUCCUGUGGGUGCAGAGUAUCACGUUAUUUAUUGAAUUAAACAUUCUAUUUAAAAGUUACAACUUAUACUGUUACUUUAUUCGCAUUGUAGAGCAGAUACGUUCUGUCCUUCUUUGUAAAGACAGAAAAAAACAGGGAUAUGAAUUUUUUUUUCAUGAUUCAGAUAAAGCAACUUUCUAAUUUACUCCUAUUAUCAAUUUCUCUUCUUUAUCUUGGUAUCUUUAUUUGAAAAGCAGGAAUGUAAGCUUACAAGCUGGCACAUUUUUGGUUCAGCACCUGGGUAGCGCUUGCUGAUUGGUGGCUAAAUGUAGCCACCAAACAGCAAGCGCUACCCAGGGUUCUGAACCAAAAAUGGGCCUGCUCUUAAGCUUACAUUUCUGCUUUUUCAAAUAAAGAUACCAAGGGAACAAAGGAAAAUUGAUAAUGGGAGUAAAUUAAAAAGUUGCUUAAAAUUGCUGCUCUAUAUGAAUCAUGAAAGAAAAAAUGUAGGUAUAAUAUCUCUUUUAAGUUAAUGUGUUUUGUCUCUUCUGUUUUCAACAAGGCAGCAGCAGGAUGCUUUAAAAAAAAACAGAAUCCUGUUGUACACAAGAGUUAUUCGGUUCUGAAUGUUGAUAUAGGAGACUAAUGCAAUAAAGUUAUUAACCAAU